AUGACAGGUGAUGGCGGCAUACUUCUGCCGCACAACGUUUUCGCAAAGCUGCCGUCGUACAAUCCUUUUGUUGGCACCUUCCAUCACGCUCCAAGCGCUGGUAAUCGCGGCGCCGUCUACUUCUCGAGCGACAUCGUCGACAUGGCGGAGCUUGAGGAGCGCAAAAAGUUUCGCCACCAUCCGCUUACUGGAAUUUUUCACUCGCUCCCUGGAUACUAUGACCCUUUGCACAAGCUGGCGUCCUGUCGUCGUGUCAUGACGGCAGAGGGAAUCUACUCCGACACCGAGUCUCUACGCUCCUUCGUAGCGAUGGACAUCACGGAUAGCGAGGACUUUGCGUCUCUUCAGCAGCCGUCACACAUGAGUCGUAUGUACAGUGACUCAAGGUGCACGUCUAACAAUGAACUUCUGACGCGGCCUCGUCGCUUUAGUGACGGAGACGCUGACCCGUUUUUUAAUGGCAACAAAGGUGGCUCCCCCGUAAACAAAAUGGAUGAAUAUCACGAUGAUUCUACAGACAGUGAUGUGAGUGAUGAGCUUGUCGCUUUGGAACGUCAAGUAGCGCCUCGUUCUCUGCCACUCAAUAUUCUUUCAGUAACCAGCAAAUUCGAUGUUCCGCCUCCUGUUGGCAGCUUGCCACCUCGACGUACGCCGUACAAAAAGUUGAGGAUGUCCUCUAUUUCCUCUUCCGCAAGCGCUGAUUGUGAAGCUGUAAUGACAGGGAGAAUGUUUGAUGCAUCGAAGUUCGAGCGCGCAGAGCUCGGUAAAUCAGCAGGUUGUGCAGAAAUGACAGAUGGGUUCAUUUCGACGGGUAAAGGAAUUUUUAGGAAAGUUGGUUUUCGGCCGUUGCUACAUGAGCAGCCGACUAGUAGUGCCAAGAAUACGCUCAGAUCUUCAACAAAGUUAAGAAUUCAACGCUCUGUGAGUGAGGGAAGCUCGAAUGAUGAUACUUACGACGAAUAUACUCAGGCAGCACCUCGCAUCCCAGCAAAUCCAUUCGUGGCUAGACGUCUAAACGACGGCGAUGAGCUGCGGAUUAUGGCAAUACACCGCACUGGUUGUCGCGACUCUAUGGCGCUCAAGGACGACCAUAGUGGAAGUGACAGCGAGGAUGACUCGAAUCAUCCAAAGCCGUAUUUCAUACAUGAAAAGGCUGUGACGGAGCAGUAUGAAUUGGUUGGCAAAGACCAGCUGGGAGAUGGCUCUUACGCUGUGGUAAAGCCUGCAAUUCGUCGUGUAAACGGAAAAGAGGUCGCUAUCAAGCAGAUUCACAAGCGAUACUUGCGCGAUGAGGCUGCCAAGAAUGCAGUGAGUCGUGAGAUUGAGAUCCAUUUGCGCUUGCGUCACAAACACAUUGUACGUCUAUAUGAGGUCUACGAGACUUCCGAUUUCCUGUAUCUGGUUAUGGCAAAAGCAACGAAAGGAAAUUUGAUGUCGUUGAUGCAGAGGAAGCGUUUGCUACCUGAAGCACUUUGUGGAAAGUUAUCGCAACAAAUUGUUCGUGCUGUGCUAUUUCUGCAUGAUAUGGGUGUGCUUCACUGCGAUUUAAAGCCUGACAAUAUUUUGCUCAGUGAUGCCAAGAUGGCAAAUCAAGAACCAGGCGACAUUUCUCCAAAUAUGCGCCGUAACUCCCCUCCGAAGUCAAAUAUGGAUCCUCAUGCUGACGUCAAGGUUAACGAUUAUCAUGUAGAACUGUGCGACUUUGGGCUGUCUGUGAAAGUGCCGGAUGUUCGUUUUUUCAAGCUUACUGGUGACGUUCACAAGGUUCCUUUCACGGGAGUCACUGGAACCGCUGGCUACAUUGCCCCUGAAUUGCUGCUGCAACAGUCGUACGGCAAACCAGUGGAUAUGUGGUCUGUAGGUAUAAUUAUCUUUGAAAUGCUGACCGGAUACAAACCAUUUUAUCCGCCGCACACUUGCAUCCAGGAAGACGCAAAUUUCUCAGACCGAGUGUGGAAGACAAUAAGCACUGAUGCUAAGGACUUGGUUCAGCGUCUUCUCGAGCGAGAUCCAGCUAAGCGGCUAACGGCUGCAGAAGCUCUUGCACACUCUUGGUUUGAGUCAGCCAUGUUCGCGAUUUAG